UAUCGUAAUUUUAAUUUCGAUCGCUAAAAUUACAGGCUACAAAGCGCCCAUUUUCUAACCAGUUUCUGCUAUUCUCAAAGCAAGGAGAGUACAUCGCACUGGUUAAAAAUCUCUGACUACAUUGGUUGCAUUGGGGAUUGCAGUAUUUUGGACUUGAAUCUGUAAAGAUGGCUGCUAAAAGGGGAGGUUGGAGUAUUAGUGAAUCCGGUAUUCUUCGGAAAAAAGAAGAGGAUGAAGAACUUCUUGUGUUCGGAUAUUCGUGUAAAUUGUUUCGUGAUGAUGAAAAGGCACUUUUUAUUGAUCAAGGGAAACAUUUGAUACCAUGGAUGGGAGAUGAAUCGCUGAAAAUCGACAGGUAUGAUGGUCGUGGGGCUCUCAUGGAUCUGAAGCUGUAUGAACCUCCACCAGGUGGCUAUGAUGCAGCUUUAGGCAUGUCAGAAGCAGAGCGUCGUGUGGAACAGCUCUGUGAUGAAGAACGCUACAGGGCACUGCAGCAUAAUGAGGAAGAGGAGGCACUCUACCAAGAAGAGGAGCUGAAGCGUUUACAUCAAGCCCUGGGCAGUCAGGCUUCAUAUGGUCAAGUUGCUUUCAAUUAUGAUAAUGAAGGAGAUGGAUCUGCUCAGCAGGAUGAAGCUACUUCAAAACAAGAGACAGCUGCAGAAGAAGAUGAAGUGUUCAUUGUUCCUCCAGGGUUAGAUAUUCCUGUUGGUAUGGUUGUGCCUGAGACAGUGAAACAGAAUGCCAUCAUUGAAAAGACUGCACAUUUCAUCAGCCGUCAGGGUGCUCAGAUGGAAAUACUCCUGAAGAUGAAACAAGCCAACAACCAGCAGUUCAGUUUUCUGUCAUUUGAUGAUCCACUUCAUGCCUACUAUCGUCAUCUGUUGAUGGCCAUCAAAACAGGGCGGUAUCGGCCAAAAGCACCAAAAACAGAGGAAGCAGAAACGGAUGGAACGAGUGGUGAAGAACACUACCUUCAUCCAAGCCUGGCUUCCACAACUGGUCCAUCACGCCUAGAAUUGGCUCCAUCCAUCCCGAGCAUCGCAUACAAACCUUCGGCAGACUGCGCCUACUCUCUUCUGGUGAACAAGAUUCGUACAAAACAAGUUGAACUGGGUAUUGCACCUGCUGUACCUCCAGUUGAGCCUUCACAGGAAUCUACUCUGGUGACUGGAUACCAUCCGGGUACGAACAGUCAACAGCAGCAGAUGCAGCAGCAGUACCAGCAGCAUUACAGUUCAGUUCAUCAUCAUGCAGCCAUUCCACCAGAACCUAGUCAGGAGAUGGUGCUGAUUAUUGACAAAAUGGCUUCGUAUGUGGCCAAGAACGGAAGAGCAUUUGAAGACAUUGUUCGCAGUAAAUGUGAUAAACGUUUCGCUUUCCUGGAUGACACUCAUCAUCUUCAUGCUCUUUACAAAACGAAAGUAGCUCAUCAUUUGAACUUGUUGCAACCUGCAAAGAAAAAGCGGAAAAAGGCUGCUCAAGAAAGCAGAGCCACGGCAGAACUUGUAGUAUCUACUGUUGAAUUGCAACCAGUGUCAAAGCCAGAAGCAGAGACACAGGACACUGACAUGGCAGUUCAACCGGAGGCCAAUGGAAUUGAGGAUGACCAGCCACCUCCACCAGGGGAAGGUGAUGUUCUAAUUGGACCCCGUCAGGAGCAUAGCCCUGAGCCAGAGAUAAAGGUUGAAGCUCAUCCAGAAUCAAUGAUAGAAAAUGGAGAACAACAUCCAGCUGAUGAAAAACAGUUGUAUUUACAAUCCCCAGUUGCAAGCGAAGAGAAUGAAAGCCAGCAGCAAAAUGAUGAUAGAGAGAGGCAAAGGGAGGAAGAAGAAGAAGAGGAGGAGCAGGAGCAGCAGCAGCAACAGCAACAAGAAGAAAAAGAACAAAAGGAUGACGAUGAGGAGGAGGGAGAGGAGGAGGAGGAACAAGAAGAGGAGGAGGAGGAAGAAAUUGUGAAGGAAGUUGAAGAAGAAAGAAACAAUGAUUCAGAGAUGGAUAAUGAAAAUACAGAAAGUCAGAAACACAGUGAAAGGAGUAGUCGUGAAGCCAGUCCUACAACUGACAGUGAAAAGGAGGGACAACCAAGAAUCAACAAGCCAGCUCCUGUCUGCUUCUCUAUUAAAAAACCAAGAGAGAUGGAAGGUUUAUUGGAAAUGAGAAGUGCUUUGCCUAUAGAGGAAAGUUCAGAUGAAGAAGAGUCCGAAGAGUCCAAAAAAUCAGAAGCAAACAAAAAACAGGAAUCUGUGAGAAAACCGGAACCCGUGAAGCGGGUGGAACCAACAAAGAGAGCAGAAUCAAGUAGGAGGCAGGAACAGAGCAGAAGACCUACAGAAGUUUCAGACCGGAAAAGAACUCAUGACUUUUCUGAUAGAGAAAGAGAACGUGAAAGAGAUAGAGAAAGAGAGAGAGAAAGAGAACGAGAAAGGGAGAGGGAGAGGGAAAGAGAACGAGAAAGGGAGAGGGAGAGAGAGCGUGAGCGAGAAAGAGAACGCAAGAGAGCUGCUGCUUCUGAACGCCGUCGAAUGGAUGCAGAUCGAAAACGCCAUAUGUCCGAUGCCAGGAAAGGGGAAAUUGAGCACAAGAAGUCAGUACCAGAUCGGAGGAAGCCUCAAGUGGAAGCAGAACAGCGACAGAGUGUCCAGCACACAGAGCAGAAGAAGAAAGAAAGAGAGAAAGAGAAAGAAGAGACUCGAAAGGAGACAGAGGUCAUUGAUUUGACGGGCGAGCUGGCAGAGGAGAAGAAGCCAGCAGUUGAUAAGGACAAGUGGGCUGAAGAACGUCUGAAAGACCGUUUAGCAGCUGCUGCACGUGAGAAGAUAGCAGCAGCAGCGAGAGAGAAGCAGAUUCAGUUGGAGAGAAAGAGAAGAGCUGCAGCAUUCCUUAAUAUGAUACGUAAAGAUCAUCCCCUGCCUACAACACCAGUUAUAGGUCCAACGCUACCAGAUGGUGGCCCUGUGCAGAGAGUGAGUGCAGAUGAGGAUGAAAUUUCAUCCUUACCAUCUCCUGCAUCAAGUGAUCUUCUGUCACCACCCACUACACCAGUUCCUAGUCGAGAUGUAGAUAGCUGUGGAACCAGUACAGGCAAUAGUACUCCUGCGCCAGCCCAGCAGUCAUCUCUACUAGCUCGCUUGCAGGCAGCACAGGAAGAACUGAAGCGGCAGGCUCCAAGUCACAGUCCCAGCGCUGAACAUACAAGGCCUUUGAGCGAAGGAGAAACUCAAGUUCGGCAUAAACACAAGAGGAAAAAGGAGUCACAUCACAGUAGUCGACACAAGAAAGGAUCCUCCCCCCAUAAACAUCGACACAAACAUGAGGAACAUGAUAAGCCAAGAAAACUUAAAAGGAAAGAAAGAGAAAGGCCCCAGUUGGACCCUGGCAGUCGACACAGGGAAAAACGGAGAAAGCAUCACAAGAGUAUGAGACGACAUUCAAGUGAAGGUAGUAUUAGUUCAUAACAGUGCCAGGCCAUUCAAGGAAGGCUGGUGUGGGUAAAAGUCUUUUGGCAAAAUAGGACUGUUAUCAAUUAACUAAGGAAAACAGUGGUAGUCAGCAGUGCAGUUGCAGCCAUUUUGAGAGAAUCAGUUUGCUCUCAUUUGGUCCCAUGCUUAUCUUUUGGUGUGUGAUAUUCUUCCAUAAUAACACACAUUUUAAGCAUGAAGAUGUUCGCUACUUGCACACAAUAUUGGCACAAGACAAGUUAUGAGGCACUAUUGACUUCUGUGUGCAGUUUGUUUAUGUUUAUGGAAGAAGUGCAAAAAGAACUUCAGGUUGAUGGUUUACAUAUACCAUCAUUCAUUUAAAUGUACAAAUGGAAAUGGAGGGAAGAUUUUGUAUGUGUUGAAAAGCAUCUUUGUAUUUACGUGUGAACUCUAUGACAGUUUUUGCACAAGACACAGUCUGCAAGUACUGUCUCCCUUGCCAGAUAUAGUUUGUCUGAAUUUUGUUGUUUGCCAUGUACUUCUGGAAAUAUGAAAGAUUUGUAAUUUUUAUUCUCAUGAAGUGUACAGCUGUCUUAUAUUGUUUAUAUUGGAUAUUAGUUGACAGAAUAAUAAAUUUUUUCAUGUUUUA